UUCAGGGUAUUCUACCUUACCACUGCUUUGAAGCAUUUACCACCCUUUUUCUGAAACAUUACAAAGAAACUAACUUAUGAUGGCUUCUCAUAGAUCCAUUUUCGCUAUCUCUAUCCUUCUUUUUGCGUUGCUAGCCAUAGCCUCCGCAACUGAUUAUGUGUAUGGUCCAGCACCAAACACUGAGAAGUCUGAACCCGAAAUCGAAGUAGAUAAGAAGUCAUACUCUACAAAAUCAGACUAUGAAGUUUCCAAAUCCAAAACAAAUUAUGAGUAUAGUCCAACUCCAAAGGUUGAGAAAUCCAAACUCGAUAUAGAUUACGAAGUACAUUUAAUAAAACCAAACUAUAAAGUUCCCAAACCCAAAGUAAAUUAUAGAUAUGAUCCCGUUCCAGAGAUAGAGAGACCUGAACCAGAAACAUAUUACAAACACCUCACCAAACCAAACUACGAAGUUCCCAAACCUGAAAUAGAUUAUGGGUAUAGUCCAACUCCAAAGGUUGAGAAGCCUAAGUCCGAAGAAGUUUACACAUCAAACCCCACAAAACCGGACUAUGAAGUUCCCAAAACCAAAAUAGAUUAUGGCUAUGCACCGGCUCCCAAGAUUGAGAAACCCAAGUCCGAAGCUGUUUACACACCAAACCCCACAAAACCGGACUAUGGAGUUCCCAAACCUAAAACAACCUAUGAAUAUGCCCCUGCCCCCAAGAUUGAGAAACCAAAGUCCGAAGCAAUUUACACACCAAACCCAACAAAACCAAACUAUGAAGUUCCCAAACCCAAAACAAAUUAUGAGUAUGCCCCAGCUCCCAAGAUUGAGAAACCAAAGUCUGAAGUAGUUCACACACCAAACCCCACAAAACCUGACUAUGAAGUUCCCAAAUCCAAAAUUGAUUAUGGGUAUGCCUCGACCCCCAAAAUCGAGAAAUCCAAGUCUGAAGCAGUCUACACACCAAACCCCACAAAAUCAGACUAUGAAGUUCCCAAAACCAAAACAGAUUAUGAGUAUGCCCCAGCCCCCAAGAUUGAGAAACCAAAGUCUGAAGUAGUUUACACACGAAACCCCACAAAACCUGACUAUGAAGUUCCCAAAUCCAAAACUGAUUAUGGGUAUGCCCCGACCCCCAAAAUCGAGAAAUCCAAGUCUGAAGCAGUCUACACACCAAACCCCACAAAAUCAGACUAUGAAGUUCCCAAAACCAAAAUAGAUUAUGAGUAUGCCCCAGCCCCCAAGAUCGAGAAACCAAAGUCUGAAGCAGUUUACACACCAAAAUCCACAAAACCAGACUAUGAAGUUCCCAAAACAAAUUAUAACUAUGCCCCAGCACCAAAAAUUGAGAAACCCAGACUUGAUACAAAUUAUAAACUACUCCCCACAAAACCAGAUUAUGAAGUUCCAAAACCAAAAGAAAACUACGAAGUGCAACUGCCCACAAUCAUUAGUGUUCAAGGAGUGGUUUUGUGUAAAUCUGGCUCUAAUUAUUAUCCAAUUCAAGGGGCUGUAGCACGAGUUACAUGUGAAUGUGUGAAUGAGCUUGGAUAUGAGACAGGUCCUAUAACAGUAUUGAGUCAUGUAACAGAUAGUAAAGGUUAUUACUAUGUUACAUUGUCACUUGCAGAGUUGGGAUCAAAGUUGAAGAUUAACGAAUGCAAAGCAUACCUAGAGAGUUCUCCAUUAGAGACAUGUAAAGUUCCCACCGAUGUGAACCAUGGCAUCAGUGGUGCUCCUCUUUCUUCUUACCGUCUUCUUGAAAACAAUUCCAGAUUGUACUCUGUUGCACCUUUCUUCUGCACCUCACAAGCUAAACCAGUUCCUAAUGGUUAUUAAACAUGUGCAUUGGUUUUCCAAAGAAAGUGAGAUAAACUGGCUGCAAAGUUCUACAAUGAUGAUUUCAUGUCUGUAUUUUUUUAUUUGUUAGUUUGUGGUUUUUCUAUUCUUCUAAUGUUUUGUUAAUCGUUCAAUUUUCACAAUUCGUUAUAUAUGAAAAUAAUGGUUCACCAUGAGCCAAACUUUAUCUCUUCA